AUGAUCGAAGCGAAAACGAGACACGCCGACUGGUCAGAGGUAGAUGUGGAUACAUUCGUCCGUCUUUGCGAAUUUGCUUAUUUUCGGAACUACACGCCUCCCCCGUCAGGCUUGUUCAAUGAUCGUUCACAUGUGAAGGGAUAUUCAAAAGCCGCAAAGAAAAGAGCGAUGCGCAAAAAGGCUCGGUCGAAAUGGAGCUGGAACGGGAUUGUCCCUCCGCCAACUGACCCUGAGCCAGCACCAGAUGCAGAACCCGAGCCUGAACCCGUGCCUGAACCCAUGUCUGAGCCCGUGUCUGAACCCGAGCUUCCUCCACCUGACAAGACUAUCUACGACGAUUCUGAAAUUACAUAUAAGGAACGAAGCAUCUGGACCGGGCAGCUGCGCGAUGCAUUCGCAAGCAGUUUGGCCAUUCCAGCUUCACGAAUCCCUGACCUAAGCCAUACUUUUAUACCGCCCGUGAAUUCUGGCUCUUGGGACGACUUCACUCCCGUAUUUCUCGACCAAGCUAGACUCUAUGUCCUGGCCGAUAAGUAUUGCAUAGACUCACUGUGUCAGCUGGUCCUUUCUAAGCUGCACCAAACCUUAAGCAACUUCAAGCUUUAUGACAAUGGGGUAGAUGGUAUUAUUGAGUUCGUUCGAUUUGUUUACUUGAACACCCCACCGAAUUAUGGCGAUCGGGUGGAUGCCCUGAGGAAUCUGGCAACACGGUAUGUUGUUUCUAUCCUUGGACAAAUUGGCGAGAAUGAAGAGUUUCAGAAGCUUUUAGAAGAUGGCGGUCCUUUCGUUUCUGACUUCUGGCACAUUAUUUGGAGCGUUAAGGGAGAGGCGCACGUGUGA